AAGAUGAAUAAGAUAGAAGUGAGGAAAACCUUUUCAGUUUUUGCAAUUACUGGUCAUUAACGAAAGUAUCGGCUCUUCGUGUAGAGAUAAUUAUAUAUUGUGAAUUUACGUGAAUUGGAAAAUUCCCACUCUUGACAAAAUGGAAGAAUUCGGCAAUAUUUCUAAGAAAAAAUCAAAGUCACAACGAAGACGUGAACGUAAAAAAUUGGAGAAACAACGUCAGCAACAUAUUUUAGAGAGUCAUGUGCAAACAAAUACAUCUUUUAAACAAAAAAAUGACAUUUUACCCCUCAUGUCAAUUCCCCCACCUUUAUGGCUCUCGAACACAAAUGUCUCAAAUAAUGGAGUAUUGGGUGCUAAUCCUUCAGCGCCAAGGAGUAUUAUUGAAAAUUCAACACCAAUAAAUCCAAAAAUGAACAUUGUUCCACUUGGAAUGGAACCAUGGAAUUCAUUAUUACAAACGUCGCUCUUUGUUCCAAUGAUUAUUUUUCCAAACCAAACUGUGUACAAUAUAAACAAUAACAAUAACAACAAUAAUAACAACAGCAACAAUAACAACAACAACAACAACAGUAAUAAUAACAACCUUAAUAACAACAACAGUAAUAACAACAGCAAUAACAACAACUGCAAUAACAACAACAAAAGCAAUAAUAAUAAUAAUAAUCAUCAUCAUCAUCAUAUGAAUGCUUUAGGCAUUAAAAAAACUAAUGUUAUUAAGAAGGCUAAGAAUACGAAAUCAGAAAAUCAACGACUUCGAAGCCGUAAGAGAGCGAUGGAGUACUAUAAAAGAUUGAACGCUGAAAAAGCAGCAAAAGCAGAAAAAGAAGAAAAAGAAAACUCUUUAGUUGUGCCGAAGGAAUUGAAUAUUUCUCAUAUUGUGGAGAAAAAUAAUUCCGAAAUUUUUGAUUAUUUUGCCAAAAAGGAGGAGCCACAGAAGAAAAUUUUAUCACCAAUAAUUAUAAAUCCUCUAUGGAAACCCAUUCAACCAUGGUCCGUAGAACGCGACAAGGAUUAUAAGCCAAUAUUCCAUAGGUUAGGUUUUAAUCCAAUUGCAAAUAUCCGCCAUAAAGGAGUUCAGACACGCAUUAGAAAUAAUGUAUGAUAAAUAUACUUUUUUAGAUUUGUAGAUAUGGGUGCAAUUCUCAAGAAACUGAUUAUUAUUGAGGGAGACAUUUUAUUUAAAGUUUUUUUUUUUUGUAAGAAAUUCGAUGUAAACUCGUGGCCAGAUAUGUCUACUCUUUUUUUUUUGUCCUUUUCUAAUGCAUAUGUUACCAUGACAACACGUGUGUUAAAAAAGGACAAAAAAGUGUAGGCAUAUCUGACAACGAGUGUAUUUUAUCAAGUUCUAUUUAUUGACAUCAAAUAUAGUUAUAUACUUGAAGUGAUCAUGGUAAAUAAUUAUUAUAAAAGCAGUGGGAAGAUUUUUUUACUAAUAAAGCCCUUUAUUUUUUUAAUGACGUUUCCAAAAUAAAACGGAAAAUUAACCUCACAAUUGGUGAUCCAGACACGUAACAUCAAGGGGUACUGAAAUAUUUAUCUUCUAAUGUAUAUAUAUUAUUAAUUAAAUUAUUUACUUUGUAAUUAUCGUAUUUUAAAUUAUAUAAAUAUAUAUAUAUAUA